AUGUCAGAGAAGGCUGAAGAAGGAGUCGAGAAUCGAGCAUUUGAAGAUGAAACAGAGAAAAGAGAUGAGGAUGAAAGUGAAGACAGAGAAGAGGAAAACCAAGAAAGCGGGGUAAAAGAAGACGGCGAAGAAGAUAAGAAUGACGACGGUAAUUCGAAAUGGAAACGCGCUGCAAAAAAUGCUGUUCAUCCAAGUCUACAAAAUAAAGAACCUAAAGAAGAUGAGAGUGAAAUUUCAUCUGGAAACGAGUCAGAUUCAGGAAGCGAAAGAGACAUGUCAGAAAGCUCAGACGAAGACGAACCUGAAAUAUCUCUAGCCCCGUAG